AUGGCCCCCACCCGCUCCACCUCCGACCCGCGCUCCGUGUGGUCCUCCUCCUUGCGGCCGCCACUCGACCUCCAGCCCGUGGUCCUGCCAGAAGACGACGACGACGACGGCGACGACGAUCGGGCGGUCGCGGAGCUCCUCAACGCGGCACUGGAGGGCGACCUCUCCCGCUUUAAGAAGCUGGUGAAGGAGCUGGGCGAGGCGGGGAAGGGCGUGGACGAGGCGGUGGCGGCCGCAGCCGUCGGCGUGACGGGGACCAAGCGCCGCGGGCCUCUCCACAUGGCCGCCGCGAACGGGAACUCGGAGAUGUGCCGGUUCCUGAUCAAGACUUGCGACGUCGAUGUCAAUGCGACCGAUUCUGAUGGUGCGACGCCUCUAAUUUUUGCGAUACAAGGUCUGGGAUCCACUACAAUUGUAAGGCUUCUACUCAACAAUGGAGCCAAUCUAAACAAAGCAGAUAACAGUGGGGUUGCUCCGCUCCAUAUCGCUGCAGAAAGAGUUUUUUAUGAAGUAGCAGAGCUGUUAUUGUCCAAGGAAGCUAAGGUUGACCUUAUGUGUGAAAAUGGUGGGGCGCCAAUACAUAUUGCUGCUGAAAAUGGACAUGCUAAAAUGCUGAAGCUAUUGUUGCAGCAUAAAGCAGAUGUGAACUUGAUUGCUCCCUCUGGAGUAAUUUUGGCUCAGGCAGUUUGCGAUGGCAGAACUGACAUUGUCAAGUUCUUGCUAGAGGCUGGAGCUGAUCCUAACAUUCCCGAUGAGGAUGGGAGAAUCCCGAUCAUGUAUCCAGCAGUUAAUGGGAACCGGGAGCUUGUUGAAAUUCUGUUUCCUAAGACAAGACCAGUUCCAUCUUUGCCAGACUGGAGUGUUGAUGGGAUUAUUAGAAGUAUAGAAUAUCUGUUUUUCAAGCCUCAGGAUGCAGCUGUGGUGGAAAAAAAUAUAGCUGAUGCCAAGUCACAAGGAAAGGAAGCUUUCGCAAAGGGAGAGUACCUUGCGGCAGAAUACUUCUAUACCAUGGUACUAGAGAACAACCUUGAUGCUACCGCGUUUGCCAACCGGAGCCUAUGCUGGUUGAGGAUGAGGGAGGGGGCCAAAGCUCUGUUAGAUGCCCGACGGUGCAAAAUGAUACGACCUCGUUGGUCGAAGGCAUGGUAUCGUGAGGGCACAGCUCUCAGCUUGCUGAAGAAGUAUGGAGCAGCAGUUGCUGCGUUCGAGGAAGCGCUGAAACUUGACCCUGCGAACGACGAGAUCAAGGAGGCGCUGCGGACGGCGAGAUCAAGGAGGCGUUAA